AAAACAUUGUUUCCAAGUCAGUUAAUAACAAACGUUAGCAAACAGCAGUGAGGAGGUGUGUCAGUGUCAGUGUGACGCAGAGCUGUCGAUGAUACAAAAACAGGUGGAAACAGAUGCAGUUUGCUGGGCUGAAUCCUGAAAAGCUGCCAAAAUGUCUGAAGGCCAGUUUGAAUCGCUGGAGACAACUCUGGAGACUUACAUUCCAAAAGCUGAGCUGAAAGAGGUCAAACGCAUCUUAUUUGGCAAGGACACCAAGAUGCUGGACCUCCCAUCAGGUGCUGUGGAGGCUGCACGGCACGGUGACUUUGAACUGAAAGGCUACAGCUUUCAGGCCACGGAGGAACAGCUGAGGCUGCCCAGAAGGAUCCGAGUGGGAAUUGUGCAGCAUCACAUUGUUCUUCCCACAGACGCACCCAUUAUGGACCAGGUCAAUGCUCUGCACAACCGGGUCGGUCAAAUAGUGGAAGUAGCGGCCACGUGUGGCGUGAACAUUAUCUGCUUUCAGGAAACGUGGACCAUGCCGUUUGCGUUCUGCACCCGUGAGAAAGAACCGUGGACGGAAUUUGCAGAGUCUGCCGAGAAUGGAAAUACCACACGCUUCUGCCAGGAGUUGGCCAAAAAGUACAAUAUGGUGAUUAUCUCUCCAAUUUUGGAGCGGGACGAGAUGCACGACAGUCUGUGGAACACGGCAGUGGUGAUCUCCAACUCUGGAAAUGUGCUGGGGAAGAGCAGGAAGAAUCAUAUUCCCAGAAUUGGAGACUUUAACGAGUCGACAUAUUAUAUGGAAGGUGACACUGGCCACACAGUAUUCCAGACACAAUUUGGGAAGAUAGCAGUCAAUAUCUGCUAUGGACGCCAUCACCCCCUUAACUGGUUCAUGUACAGUAUGAAUGGAGCGGAGAUCAUCUUUAACCCUUCUGCUACUGUUGGUGCCCUAAGUGAGCCUAUGUGGCCUAUAGAGGCCAGGAAUGCAGCCAUAGCGAACCACUGUUUCACCUGUGCAAUAAAUCGAGUUGGGACAGAGCAUUUCAAAAGUGAAUUUACAUCUGGUGAUGGACAAAAAGCUCACCAUGACUUUGGCCACUUCUACGGAUCCAGUUAUGUGGCUGCUCCUGAUGGAAGUCGCACCCCAGGGCUCUCCAGGACUCGUGAUGGACUCCUGGUGGUAGAAAUGGACCUCAACCUGAACCGCCAAAUCAGUGACAAAUGGAGUUUCAAGAUAACUGGGCGGUACCCUGAGUAUGCUGAGGACCUUACCAAUGCUGUCAGACAUGACUUCAAGCCCCAAAUAGUGAAGGAAUAGAUACAAGCAAAAACUGAACCUCUACAGAUGAAGUUCUUAACUAGUCUCACUUUAGCACCCACAUUUCCCCAUGGUCAUAAAUUUAAUGAGUCAAACCAAGCAUAUAAGAAACAGAUACUUUAAAAACGUCAUUAGUUAUUACACAUUCUUGCAUGUGUAAUGAGCAUUUUCAAAGGACAUUAAGAAACUGAGGAAGACCAGCGUAUUUCUGACUCGUCAAAAUAUAUUUUUGCAAAUUAAAAGACACAUCUGGUAUCUGAUGCACAUGAAAUAUUUUACUGUUCGCAACCAGGUCCUGACGAAUCACUCCUCUACAGUAUGACACACGUUCAGGCAAUCAGUAUUUAAUUGAUGAACUGGAAAAGCCCGUUUUUGCAUCUUCUCUUCACAAAAUAAAAUUACAUUUUAUAAUGCAAAUGUGAGCUAUACAGUAUUCAUGCAGAUGAGAAUUACAAGAAUGAGGUUUAAGGUCCAAAUGCUUUAAUUACAGCAUUAAAAAAAUCCAAACAGA